ACAGAAACGUCGCGUGAACGGCGCGGCUAAACAGAAAGUUUUGGAGGAAAACUGGAACAUUUGAGCUUUUUCAGCAUCCAAAACCUGCUCGUCUUUGCCGGAAUUGCACAGAAAACGUGUACUCGGGGAUAUCUCUUCAAAUUCAAGAGUGUUGGAGGAUGUCUCUGCCAAAGCGGGAGGUGGAGGAGCUGAGACCCUGGGUGGAGCGCACCGUGAAGAAGGUGCUGGGUUUCUCAGAGCCCACUGUGGUCACCGCAGCUUUACACUGCGUCGGGAAGGGGCUGGAUAAAAAGAAGACGACAGACCAGCUGCGUCCGAUCCUCGAUGACUCUGCGGGAGGUUUUGUAGAACGUCUGUUUGAAGCUCUCGAGGAAAGCCGCAACAGCCGUGGCAGCAAAGGAGCGAGUGAAAAACACCGCAAGAGAGAACUUAAGGAGGUUUUUGGAGAGGAGGCAGAAACAGGAGCAGUGCAAGUUGCUCCAGAUACAGGGGAUGGGACAACACCCAAGAGGAAGCGAGUCCCACGCUUUCAGGAGGUGGAGGAGCCCGAGGUAAUUCCCGGACCUCCAUCUGAAAGCCCUGGUAUGCUCACCAAAAUGCAGAUCAAGCAGAUGAUGGAAGCAGCCACUAAGCAGAUAGAAGAAAGGAAGAAACAGCUGAGCUUUACGUCGCCUGCAACAGGUGAUGGAUCACGACUUCUUGGUGCUGCUGCCGGUGGAGCCUCAUCUAUUGCCCCCUCUCAGGCUGCCAGCUUUAUGAACGAUGCUAUAGAGAAAGCUCGCAAAGCAGCUGAGCUUCAGGCCCGGAUCCAGUCCCAGUUAGCUCAGAAGCCUGGUAUCCUCAACACUUUUGUGAACACGGGGCCUCCAAACUUAGUCGCUCUUGCUAAUCUGCACGCCAUGGGAAUUGCACCACCGAAAGUCGAUAUUAAAGAAGUGAACAAACCAACGCCUCUGAUCCUGGAUGACAAAGGCAGAACUGUUGAUGCUACAGGCAAAGAGAUUGAACUCACACAUCGUAUGCCCACACUCAAAGCCAACAUACGAGCUGUAAAGAGGGAGCAGUUUCGCCAGCAGCUGAAGGAGAAGCCCGGGGACGACAUAGAGUCCACGUCCUACUUUGACCAGCGGGUUCUCAUAACUCCAGCCCAGCGGACUCGCAAGGGCUUCAAAUUCCACGAACCGGGUCGCUUUGAGAAAAUUGCUCAGAGAGUUAGAACUAAGGCUCAGCUGGAGAGGCUGCAGAAUGAGAUUGCCCAAGCUGCAAAGAAAACAGGAAUCCAAGCUUCCACCAAAUUGGCACUGAUUGCUCCGAAAAAAGAGAUUGGAGAAGGAGAUGUGCCUAAUAUUGAGUGGUGGGACUCGUAUAUAUUAAGCACCCAAAUGCCCAUAAAUCCACUAUCAAAAUUUGAAGAGUAUGACCUUUUUGGUGUGACAAACCUAGUAGAACAUCCUGCCCAAAUUAGUCCUCCAGUUGACACAGACAAGCCAGUAACUUUAGGUGUGUACCUAACAAAGAGAGAACAAAAGAAACUGAGAAGACAAACACGGAGGGAAGCACAAAAAGAAGUGCAGGAAAAGGUCCGUCUGGGACUGAUGCCUCCACCAGAACCAAAAGUACGCAUCUCCAACCUGAUGAGAGUGUUGGGGACGGAGGCUGUUCAGGAUCCUACAAAAGUAGAAGCCCAUGUGAGAGCGCAGAUGGCCAAGAGACAAAAAGCUCAUGAAGAGGCCAAUGCAGCUCGCAAGCUGACAGCAGAGCAGAGAAAAGAAAAGAAGGUGAAGAAGUUAAAAGAAGAUCUUACGAAUGGCGUUCACGUUACAGUAUACAGGAUCCGUAACUUGCAAAAUCCGGCAAAGAAAUUUAAGGUGGAGGCCAAUGCAAACCAGCUAUACCUGACGGGCACAGUGGUUCUGCACAAAGACGUUAAUAUAGUUGUGGUGGAGGGAGGCCCUAAAGCCCAGAAAAAGUUUAAGAGACUGAUGAUGCACAGAAUCAAAUGGGAGGAACACAACAGCAAAAGAGAUGAUCCAGAUGGCGAUGACGAUACAAGAAGAAACAACAAAUGUUGGCUGAUUUGGGAGGGAACGGCUAAGGAGCGGAGUUUUGGUGAGAUGAAGUUCAAGCAGUGCCCCACUGAGAACAUGGCUCGAGAGCACUUCAGGAAACACGGCACAGAACACUACUGGGACUUAGCGCUGAGCCAGAGUGUGUUGGAAGGCUCGGAUGAUUGAAGCAAACCUACGAAGCGCUUUGAUUCUGUCAGUGACUUGAACCAUCAGUAAGCCUGCACAUCCCUCACAGCCAGCCACCCCCCUCUGCUGGCUCCUGGACAGACAUCGGCUUUAUUAAGAGACUUGAAUCUUGAAAAGGAGCAACAACAACCGUGCGAGUGUGAUUAUUUUUAUGGUUUUUUUUGUGAGAGAGAGAGAGAGAAUGGAAGAGAUCCAGAUGUGUAUAGAGAAAAGUGUGUGUGUAUAGAUCUGCAUCAGUGUUGAUUUCUUUGAUGACUUAGGCUUCUCAGUUGAAAUUGUAUUUUUUGUAGACAGAUUGAGCAGUUUGGUAUAAUAACUCUCCGUAGGCAUAAUAUGGUGAGAUCCGUUUGUCACGACUGCUAAUUUUGUCAUAAAAAUCAAGAUGCCCACUGUUUCCAAUCAGUUUGAUUGGAAACAUUUGAGUGACCCCCCUCCAUUAGAAACAAUUUGCACAAUUUUGUGCCAACUCAAAAAAACACUUUAGAUAAAUUUCUUUACCACAUAAGGUUCACAAACGUUUCACUGAAAGGCGGGUGUCUAAAUGCAUUUAAGCAAUUUUUGUUUGAAGAGGCAUUUUUGGCUCUGUUGUAGCUACACUUAUCUUUAACAGUGCAGUCUCUGCCUUAAAUAAACAAAAUACAAACAC